AUGAACAAGAGGUUGCAUCACUCAAACAAAGUCAAUCAGCGUUGGAAAAAAGUCAAUCCAAAUUUGAGAUUGGAGAAAGCACAAGGUCAAUUUUCAAACCAAACAAAAGCUAAUCCUAGGAAUCAUGAGCAGGUUCAAGCUAUUACCACUUUGAGAAGUGGAAAAGUGAUUGUUAAUAAGAUUGGAAAUCCAGAGAUCGAUAAUAAAGAGGAAGAUGAAGGCAUGACAGAAACAAGGCAACGGCUUGACAUGAAAUUUGGAGGCUCUUUGAAAUUUGAAAGUGACACCACUCCUGUUGACAAAGUUACCGAAUCUUUGCAACAUGCUCCUCAUACUCCAAACACACCAACUCACGAUCCUCUUCCUUUCCCUCAACGUGACAAACAUGCCAGAAAAGAGAAAAAUAAGGGAGACAUUAUGGAGCAAUUUAAGAAUGUGCAAAUUAAUAUUCCUUUGCUAGACAAAAUCAAACAAAUCCCUUCCUAUCCAAAUUUUUAA